GUUUUCUUCAUUUGGUCGAUUGACAUUUGUCUCUUUGAUGGUACAUGUCAUGUACCGUGCAGCUGUACUAUGCCUCGAAGCCAUUCUUUUGCCAUGGCUGAGAGGCAACACAUCCACACGACACGACACACAGCGACCACAAAUUGAGAUCGACACAUCCAUCCACCACCCACUCAACCAAACACAGUCUCUCUCUCUCUCUGUCUGUCCGAUGCGAUGCAAUGCGAUCAUCACUUAGGUAUUCUUGUCCCUGCCCCUGCUCGUGCCGGUGCUGUGUGUGGUGGUGGUGCUCCUCUCUCCCACCCCACCCAUCUCCCUCUCCCUCUCCCUCUCCUUGGCCCUCUCGUCAGUGGCCCCUUCGCUAAUGCUCAUGAGCGCAUCGAACUCGGGCAGCUGGUACUGAUAAAACGUCCCCAACUGCAGUGGAUGGAUGCACCAACACACACACACACACACUGAUGGGAGAGGGUGAGAGGGCGGUGGUGAGGUGUGCUGGCUGACCAUGAGGCUCGCCACGAAUACGCCGCAGCAGACGACCGAGUUGAGGUACUCGUGGAGAAACGGGAAGCGUUCAGGGGCAGGCACUACCAUCUGCACACACACGACCACACACACGGGGAGAGACCAGAUGAGCAACAACAGCCCGUGGAGCAAGGGUCAUUACGCCUACAUGCAAGCAGAACAGCCCCGCCAAGACGCCACAGACGCAGACCAACACGGCCGUCCACCCAAAGCCGCACCCCGCCAGCGCACUCCACGCUGCAGUCCUGUCGUCUCGGAUUCUGCACCUCUCGGCCAUCCGUCGCGCCACGAGCUCUCUGUCUUGGGCGCGUGCACGGCGGCCGUGUGGCCCCGAGAGGUUGGAAAUCUCGCUGGAGUCGUGCAUCAGCAGCCGGGCGUGUGCCGACAGGAAAGCCCCGAGAUGGCGCCAUUGGGAGGGAUCGGCCAGACAUGAGAGGCUCAGAUGGCCUGCAAAGAAAGAAAGAAACGGAUGUGUCUGUGGGGAUGGGUUGUGGGGUAUCGGCUGGGUAUGUACCUCUUGAGGUGGCCUGUAUGGUGGCCACGGCGAGAGCCACCCACGCGACGGUGAGGAUGACGAACGACGGCAGCAGCUGGUCCUUGAGCAUCAGAGGCAGCAGCGAGUAGCUCGCCGCCAGCAGCAACACGACACACGACGCACCUACAGCACACACGAACAGACCACCACUCUCUCUCCCUCUCUCCCUCUCUGUCCAUCUGUCCAUUGCUCACCGUAUUGUGGCAGGAGCAGGCACGCAGGCAGUGCGGGCAGCAGGAUGGCCUUCUCAUGCACUUGCCACGAGAAGAGAAAGAAGCUCAUCGAGCAGUUGAACAGACACACCUCGAACCGCUUCGCCGUCGGCCGCCGCAUGACGUCCCAGCAGGAGGGGAGGAACCCCACAGCCGUCAUCCACGCGGCCACCCCGACGGCCCACUGCAGGUGCACCCCGUUGUCCAUGGCUGCGAGCCGUUUCAGCUUGACGAUUGGCGAGAGAGCCACCCACACCGUCGCCGCAUAGUCCUCGUAGAGGCCGCGGUUGAAUGGGAACACGCGACGGAGGAUCGGGAUCAGCGAGGACAUGCGCAGUGACUGAACGGGCCGAAAGAGAGAGAGAGAGAGAGAGAGAGGUGGUUGGGGGGUUGAAGGCGUGCAGGUGAGUGCGCUCACUCACCGCCAGCAGCCUCUCUACCAGGCUAUUCCCAGGGACCUCUUCCUCCCCAGCCAACAGAAAGGGCAUCAACACCACAAGUGCCGUCAGGACGACCACCAGACCGAUCUUGGCCACGUUGACAACAGCGGUGAGCGGGCGCACGAAUCUCAGUCGGCGUCUGAUGCCCUUGUCGACGGCCACUGUGCGGGUGGACAGGCCCAGCAGAGUGAAGAAGAAAGCAGGGGCGUAGUAGAGCAGCGUCUGCUUGUACAGCAGGGCGAGGGUGAAGGCUAUAUACCCACACACAUCCAUCCACACAGAGAGAGACACUGAUGCAUUGUACGUGUCGGCGUGGAUCAUGCACUCACCUGAAGCGGCGAUCAGGUAUCUCUUAGUGGCAAUGAGGCCCACCGCCCAGAGAGUCAGGCCGAGCGCCACGCAGUUGUACUGGAAGUGGCCAUGGUCGAUCAGAAUGAACGCCGGACACAGCAGCAACAGACACAAGGUCGACACACGCAUCCGCCAGCUGAACCCUUGACACUGACACGCACAGACACACACACAUGCAUCCAUCCGCCCAUCCAUCCAUUCACCAGAACACGCCCACCUGCAUUGCGCAAAGGGCAUAGUAGAUGGCUGCCGUGAAGAAGACCAGCACGUCGGCCAGCAGGACGGUCAUGCGCAUGAAGAGCUUGUGCGUGGGCGUCUCGUACCCACGGGACGUCAGCAGCUCCACCGACUGCGGCUCAUAUGCCGCACUCGCGAGGCCGCACGUAUACAUGUGGUAGGCCGUGAGCGGGGGGUAGUCCAGACCCCAGUACUGCAGGUCAUUCGCGUCACUCUCCACGUACCUGAUCCCCAUUCACACAGACACACACACAGAGACAUCCACGCGUGCAAUUGGGGCUCUCCAUUUCUCCCUAUUCCUCCUAUGGACUGACCAGUCCCUGAUAGGGAGGUUGGUGGUGAUUUCCAUCCAGUGCCGCUGCGCCUCGUAGUCGCCAUGCAUCGGGGGCACCCCCCACCCCGAACAAGGGUAUACGCCCACAGCCAGCCGGCACAGCACCGCCAGUAGCACCACCACACCCACGCCGGUCACCCGCAACCGAUGCCGCUCCACAAACCCCAGCAGCGAGGCGACAACCGCCGCGCCACUGUUGCCGUCCCCCUGUUGAUGCACGUUCUUGUCGUCCAUCAGCCGGUCGUUCUGCACUGAUCUGUAGACGAGCGCAGAGAGUCGGUUGACCAUCUCGGAUAGCGUGAUCAGGGGGGUCCAGGCCUCCUGCAGCACGUCCCUCGUCAGCUGCUCGGGCGUCUGGUUGUAGAAGGGCCAUGCGAACGACUGGCAGGCGAUGAGCGGCGGGAGGAAGGGAUACUGUCUGCUCACGUCAAUCACAAACACGGCCUCCUGCGGCGGGUCGGCUCCCCGCAGCUCUCUCAGAAAGAACUUGCCGCUGAAGGAUAGAUAGAUGUGGCAGCCCGAGUCCACCUGUGCUGAUGUGAUAGUCACGCCCUCAUCCAGUUGCUGCUCGAGCAGGCUCAGCUCCCUCUCGAUGCGCAGGCGGAAGAUCUGCUCCCUGGCGGACUUGUCGUCGGCUGGAUGAUGCUGCUGGUGUCUAUCUUGCUGGGCUGAUGGUGCGGUUGAUGCGGCAUCGUCCGAUUGCUGCGACGCUGUGGCAGAGCGGCGACGGGGCUGCGACUCCAUUAUCUUCUUAAUUCGCCCAGAUCACACCCAGAUCUCUUCAUUUGCUGAUCGCGACUGGCUCCCCCUGUAUG